AUGCUAGCACAAUCUUUCCACUUUACUGAAAUAUUAAUCGUCGCAUACCUACACUUAUAUUUCGGCUCGGCAUCUUCGGUAGGCUCGAAUACUGUAGAUCACACCGCGGACUCGAGCUACUAUCUCUGCGCUGGAACUUCCUUUAGUAACAGAGCUGUCGAGAUUAAUCGUCAAUUGGCUUGCGAAAGGUUGCAUAACGCAGACCCCAUCAGUAACUUUCCUGCGAAAUUAGAAGACAAUCGACUAUUUGAUGGCGCUCCUGAUGCACUUAUCGUAUGGCCUAUUAUGAACGAGGAGACCACUUACAGAACAAGGGUUCCCGGAAAGAUGCGAAUCGUCAUCGACUUAGACUGCAAUCUAGCUGGUCUUAUAAUACGCUACGAGAACGCGGUUCAACGCUGUAUUAAACUGUCAAGCAAUGCUGAAGUUGAUUCAACUGGUCCUGACUUAGACACCUAUAAGGGCUAUAAUUGUUCAAACACCUUCUUUAGUUCCGCAUAUGUCGAGGAAACUAUCGCAAAAGCUGUAAAUACAUUUGAGCGUAGGUUACCUACGAUUUAUAGGAAUAAAUUUCCAAAAUUAGGGUAUUGUAGAUCUACAAAGCAACGCACUUUUUCGUGGCCCUUGCUUGUUGACCAUACUCCCUAUAAUUCAGGAGAAACUGCCAAGAACUCUCGAAUUUACUUUGUCGAAUUCUCAGUGAAUAUGUCUAUUAAGAGAGUCUUGCGUCGAUCUCAUGACAUAGAAACCUGUCCAAUAAUAAGGACUGUCAUUUUACCUGACGCUAAUGCAAAGUCCCUGGCUCAUACGCAUCGCGAAAACGAAGGACGAAGACAAAUGGCCGUCUGCCUGGGCCAAAGCUUUUCAAGUAGCUAUCUCCGUCUCAACAAAGAAAAAGCAAUACGCGACUACGCACAAUUUUAUGCAAACAAACACAAAAACUAUAGAUAUCCUCGCCACUCUUCCCAAUUUAAUCGCAAAAUGACAAGUUCUGAAUGGUUUUGGCCGCUGAGACAUACGGAGAAAGCCUUGAAAAGAAAUAACCUUAACGUUAGCUACAUUCUAGUUUUAACGGGCAGAGAUAAAUUCAAAGGAGUAUUUUAUAGGCAUGAUGGUAAAUUAAAAGAAUGCAAACUGGAAGACGAGGUAGAAGACCAACGAAAAGUUGGAGUGGAAGGUUGUGAACGAGAUGGAAAUAUUAGUGGCCUAGACUUGAAUAAGCCAUUAGGUUGUUGGGAAUGUUGGAAAAGUGAGGGAUGUCUUUGUCCACAUAAGAAUCAGGACGAGAUGACCGAAGAUUGUAUAUCUCCGGUUGAAUAA